GUCACCGAAUUUUUGCCCACGACAAAAAGCUCUUUCACUGAACCACCCUCACCCUCGCAAAACCGAAGGCAUCUGUUUACCGAUUUCUCCGUUUAUAGCUCUUUGAAUCCAUCGGAAAAAAGCUCCGAUCGUCCUCCGGUGAAUGGACGCGAUAAGAAAACAAGCCACGCGGCUCCGAGAACAAGUCGCCCGCCAGCAACAGGCCGUCUUAAAACAGUUUGGGGGAUAUGGAGGUUCAGACAAUGUAAUUACUGAUGAUGCAGAAUUCCAGCAACAUCAGAAACUCGAAAAGCUUUAUGUCUCGACCCGUGCUGGCAAGCAUUUUCAAAGGGAUAUUGUCCGCGGUGUUGAAGAUAUCGUCACUGGGUCCAAACAAGUUGAAAUAGGGACAAAGCUGUCCGAUGAUAGCAGGAAAUAUGGUUCUGAAAAUACUUGUACCAGCGGCAAUACAUUAUCAAAUGCUUCAUUAGGUUAUGGACGUGCUCGUGCUGAAAUGGAGAAGGAACAAGGGAAUCUGUUGAAGGCUCUUGGCACACAGGUUGCCGAGCCACUAAGAGCAAUGGUAAUGGGAGCUCCUUUGGAAGAUGCACGACAUCUUGCUCAACGUUAUGACAGAAUGCGACAAGAAGCUGAAGCACAGGCAAUCGAAGUUUCGAAACGCCAAGCGAGAGUGAGGGAAACACUUGGAAAUCCUGAGAAUGUCAUCAAAUUGGAAUCCGCAGAAACGAGACUGCAAGAUCUAAAGUCAAACAUGGCAAUAUUGGGGAAAGAAGCUGCUGCAGCAAUGACCGCUGUUGAAGCUCAACAACAGAGAUUGACACUUCAGAGACUUAUUGCUAUGGUUGAAGCUGAACGUACAUAUCAUCAACGAGUCCUUCAAAUACUUGAUCAGCUCGACGCGGAGAUGAGAUCUGAACGACAACGAAUUGAAGCACCUCCCACCCCAAGUGUGGACACUAUGCCUCCACCUCCAUCAUAUGAGGAAGUUAAUGGAGUUUAUGCUUCUCAAGCAAGUAAUGGGUCAACGGUCAGCAUGGGGUACUUUUUAGGCGAGGUUAUGCAUACGUAUAAUGGUGAAUCGAACGUGGAGCUUUCUUUGUCAGUUGGUGACUACGUAGUUGUGCGAAAGGUGACGAACAAUGGGUGGGCUGAGGGCGAAUGCAAGGGAAAAGCGGGUUGGUUCCCUUUCGGAUACAUCGAAAGAAGGGAACGUGUUCUCGCGAGCAAAGUUGCAGAAGUUUUCUAACACAUUCUCUGCUUGGUGGUGUCGGAGAAGACGAUUUGGUACGUGCAUCUUCUCUUUUUUGGUGGUUUCUUUGUGCUUAUAUUCGUAUUGGGAAGCUUGAGAAUUUGUCACGGAUAGAAGCUUUCUUCUCAAUAUGUGAAUACAUUUUACGUUUCUGUUUAUCCUCUCUUUUCUUUUACACGAGUUUAUGUCCUUAUUUUCUUUUUUUA